AUGGACAAUAAUUUUUUCUCCAAUAAUAAUAACCUAGCAGUAUUUCGAAAGUAUAUACCAUUAGUGAAAAGAAAAAUUACAGAGUCUAUAAAGCAGAAAUCUAUUAAAGAUUUUUUUAAAAGUAAUCAAACUAUGUCUUUUAAUGAUGAAUAUUCUCUUUCUGAUGACAACAAUAACUCUUCUGACAAUAACUUCCCUGAUGAUGACUUCUCUGAUAAUGACUUCUCCGAUAAUAACUUCCCUGAUAAUGACUUCCCUGAUAAUGACUUCCCUAAUGAUGACUUCUCUAAUUAUGACUUCUCUGACAAUGACUUCUCUAACAAUGACUUUCCUGAUGAUGACUUUCCUGAUAAUAACUUUUUUAAUAACUUUUCUAGCAAUGAUGAUAACUUUCCUAAUGAUGAUUUGUGA